AUGGUUGCCGCUGGUAUCAAGAUUAUCGAUAAGAUUCGUUGCGUCGCUCGCAACGUGCAGUCUUCGGGCCCGGUUCCCGAACCCCUCACGACGCGAAGUGAGACCGCCGACUUGAUGCUCAAAUGCUGCGGAGAAGUGAGAGGAAGGAACUUCACCACUGAAUAUGCACUCUUUGAAUAUUUCCGUGAUGCUGUGCCGAAUCCCCACACUGCGCUUGAGGAGACCCUUCUUGACCAACAUGUUAUGAAUGUGAAUAAUGCACAUCGGUUCGGGAACAGUGUCCCAAAUGAGCAUCGCAGCACCAUAUGA